UUUUCGACUCUACUGCAUUCUAUCCCGAAACGCAGCGUUCGGCUCUCCUAUCCAAAACCCACACAGAAACUCCAGCUCCCAGCAUGCCUUGACGAGGCAAGCAGGCAAAGAUAAAUUCCAACAUUUUCUCCUGCGUUUUCCGGCACUAGAAAGUGAAGCAGAAAAAAUAUUUUCCUUUUCCUUUUGAUGAUAGAAAAGGAAAAUGAAUUCUUACUUAUCCAAACCAAUUACUUUCAUUGAAGCUCCAACAAUAUUUUGCUCCUCAUCUAAAACUCUUCUCAUUAAAUUCCCCUAUUCUUUUUCUGGCAAUAAAUCCUUUAAAAACUCUUUCAAACCUAAAUUAACCUUUAUUAAACGCAAAAAUCUCACCAUUACUGCUUCCAAUGCUUCCACGUCCAGUUCGAGUUCCGACUCAGCUGUCGCUUCCAAUGCUGUAGAAGAAGAAGAAGAUGCCGAGUCCAUUCAAUUAUUCGAGAAAUUAAAGGAUGCAGAGAGACAAAGAAUAAAUAAACUGGAAGAGCUUGAAAGGAAGGCCGACUUGCAGCUAGAGAGACAGCUUGUCAUGGCUUCCUGUUGGAGCAGAGCCCUGUUGACCAUGCGUGGAAAGUUGAAGGGGACAGAGUGGGAUCCUGAGAGUUCACAUAGAAUUGACUUUAGUGACUUUAUGGGACUUCUUAACGCUAACAAUGUCCAAUUUAUGGAGUAUUCAAAUUAUGGUCAGACAAUAUCAGUGAUUUUGCCAUACUACAAAGAUAGGAAAAUGGAUAGAGGAGGGGGAAGUUCAAAGAACGAAAUAAUUUUUCGGCGCCAUGUGGUGGACCGCAUGCCCAUUGAUUGUUGGAAUGAUGUUUGGAAAAAGCUUCAUGAACAGAUUGUGAAUGUUGAUGUCCUGAAUGUUGACACGGUACCUGCAGAAGUUUACUCCACUAUUGCGACUGCAGUUAUAUGGUCUAUGCGACUUGCCUUGUCAAUUGCGUUAUAUCUCUGGAUUGAUAAUUUGAUGAGGCCCAUUUAUGCAAAGCUGAUACCUUGUGAUUUGGGAGCUCCUAGCAAAAAAAUUAGGGAACCACUCAAGCGCCGUGCCCUUGGAUCAUUAGGCAAGAGCCGGGCAAAAUUUAUAUCAGCGGAGGAAAGAACUGGUGUUACUUUUGAUGAUUUUGCUGGUCAAGAAUAUAUAAAGAGAGAACUACAAGAGAUUGUACGAAUUUUAAAAAAUGAGGAUGAGUUCCAAAAUAAAGGUAUCUAUUGCCCAAAAGGUGUUCUGCUCCAUGGGCCUCCUGGGACUGGUAAAACACUGCUGGCCAAAGCUAUUGCUGGUGAAGCAGGACUACCAUUCUUUGCAGCAAAUGGCACUGAUUUUGUAGAGAUGUUUGUUGGCGUCGCAGCAUCACGUGUGAAGGACCUGUUUGCUAAUGCCAGAUCAUUUGCGCCUUCGAUAAUUUUUAUUGAUGAGAUUGAUGCUAUCGGUAGCAAACGUGGCGGACCUGAUAUUGGCGGUGGUGGUGCAGAAAGGGAACAGGGUCUGCUUCAGAUACUGACUGAGAUGGAUGGAUUUAAAGUUUCUACAUCACAGGUGUUAGUUAUAGGUGCAACAAAUAGACUGGAUAUUCUUGAUCCUGCUCUCCUGAGAAAGGGCCGGUUUGACAAGAUAAUAAGAGUUGGGUUGCCAUCUAAAGAUGGUAGAUUGGCCAUAUUGAAGGUCCAUGCUAGAAAUAAAUUUUUUCGCUCCGAGGAGGAGAAAGAGGCUCUCCUGGAGGAAGUUGCAGUGCUUACAGAAGAUUUUACUGGGGCAGAGCUUCAAAAUAUACUGAAUGAGGCUGGAAUUUUGACUGCCAGAAAAGAUCUUGAUUACAUUGGACGGGAAGAACUUCUAGAGGCUUUGAAGAGGCAAAAGGGCACAUUUGAAACAGGCCAAGAAGAUAGUACAGAAAUACCAGAGGAGUUGAAGCUGAGAUUGGCAUACCGAGAAGCAGCUGUUGCAGUUCUUGCAUGCUACUUUCCAGAUCCCUAUCGCCCAUUUACAGAGACAGAUAUAAAGUCCAUCCAUAGCCAGCCAAAUAUGCGCUACGCUGAAUUUUCGGGCAAGGUUUUCUUGAGAAAAUCAGAUUAUAUAAACUCUAUAGUGCGUGCAUGUGCUCCAAGAGUAAUCGAGGAGGAGAUGUUUGGGGUUGACAACAUGUGUUGGAUCUCGGCGAAAGCUACAUUAGAAGCUUCAAGGGUUGCAGAGUUUUUAAUUUUGCAGACAGGGAUGACAGCUUUUGGGAAAGCUUUCUACAGAAAUCAAAAUGAUCUUGUGCCAAAUCUUGCUGCGAAACUUGAAGCACUCCGUGAUGAAUACAUCCGUUUUUCUGUGGAAAAAUGUGCAUCUGUGCUGAGAGAGUUCCAUUCGGCUGUGGAGACAAUUACAGAUAUUUUGCUUGAAAAGGGAGAGAUCAAAGCUGAGGAAAUUUGGGACAUAUACAAUAGAGCUCCGCGAAUAUCUCAGCCCACUGUCAAUCCAGUUGAUGAAUAUGGAGCCCUAAUUUAUGCCGGGCGAUGGGGAAUCCAUGGGAUCACAUGUCCAGGGAGGGUUACAUUUGCACCUGGAAAUGCUGGGUUUGCAACUUUUGGUGCACCACGUCCCAUGGAGACUCGAACCAUUAGUGAUGAAACUUGGAAGCUGAUAGAUAACAUUUGGGAUAAGAGGGUUGAAGAAAUAAAAGCUGAAGCUUCAAUGGAGGUUGAAGAAGACAAGGAGAAGCCACAACUUUUGAUGGCCAGUCAUUUCCUUUGAAAUCAUGUUUUGCAUACAAUCACUUGCGGCUUUUUCCUUAUAUAUCUGGGCGUAUGUAAUCUGCUAGAGAGUUGAGAUGAUGGAUAUUUGAUGGCAACUUCUGCUUCACUGCCUACUCCUUGAUUACAUACGGUUAACUGAAGACUUUCAGAUUCAGAGGCCCUGUGAGUUGAGCCAUCCUCAAUUUUGUAAGUACAAGACACCAAUUGGGCGGAUUCUACCGAGGUCUGUUGUUGUAUUCUAUAAUUAGGAGAGAGAUAUCUGCGAUCGCAAUUGAAGGCACACCUUCCAAGGCCAUUCAAAAUAGAGUUAUGUGGCUAGCUGUAGAAUUUAAAUGAAUUCUGUGAGCGAGGCAGAGGGAAAAUUUCCCACCGCUAGUUUCAUUUGUAAAUUGAUCAUGAAUUGUUCCAAAAAUAAGUAAUAAUCAGGUUAGAAAUGAGCUGGUAUUGCCAUUU